GCUGCCUGGCAGCUGCUAUUAAAGACAUCCUCAUCUGUGCAUCAGAGGCUGAACAUGAGUGUCAGACCUACAGGGCAGAAAUCCCUCGACACCGAUCACGAUAUGUCUUGCGAGCUCCCGCUUAUCAUUAUCCCAGAAACAGAUGUUUGGGACAUUGACGCCACCUCAUACACCGACUGUGGCCAUUUCGUCGACUGGGACCGAUUCCCAUCUUUGACCCAAGAGCGAUGCUCUUCGCCGGCAGAGCUUCCUCAGUUUUUCAAGGACCUUAAACGGAUGGCUAGGGAAGGACAGUGGGCCAACAACAAAAGCCUUCGGGCAGAGGCCUACAACCAAAUCAUCAAAAGCAUCCGCUGCCGUGUAUUUACACCGGACGCCACUGUCUAUCAUGACGUCUCUGAACGUCUCUUUGGCAAAGGAGGCGUAAACGACCACCCUUUGCCCGAUUUCUUGGAAGGAUGUCUCAUGCCCGUCUACUGUCUCAACACUCGAGGGGAGACGGCGGUGAAAAAAAUUCUCAUAUGUAUCGGAAACCAGUAUCCAGAUAUCACCUACUGCCCCACCUUGCCUGCCGUGGUCGCCCUGCUGUUGCACUUUAGCGAGGACGAGGCCGAAUGUUUCGAAAGGGCCUGUCGUCUUAUCUCGUGCAUAGAUCCUCAUAAAUGCUACGUCGACCAGAGCUUCUUGGCCCACGAGGCUUCCUGCAUGACCUUUGGGGACCUAGCUAAGAAAUAUUGCCAAGCUGGGCACAAGUUCAUCACUACCAAUUCUGAAAACCCAACCGACAUCUUCUCAGACUGGCUGAUGUGGGUUUUUGGGGAUUUGCCCUUCGAAUACACCAUCCGAGUCUUCGACGUCUUUCUUCUAGAGGGUAACAAGGUGCUCUACCGAGUGGCGUUGGCUCUCCUGAAGCAGUACAGAAGCCAAGUGGACUCAGAAGUUCAGGAUCUCCAGUUAGACAUCCAAUGCUUUGUAAAGAAUAUCGCCGACCAUAUUUCACCGGAGAAGCUCUUGGAGAAGGCGUUCAGCAUCAGACUCUUCUCCCAUAAAGAGAUGUGGCUCCUGCAGAUGGCAAACAGAAAAGCGUUGUCCCAAAGAGGCAUCACUGUCAUGCAACCAAGACAGACAGCUCAUAUGUCGGUGGACAUGAUGAAUUUUAACUCCGAGAUCAUCACGGCCCAGGAGAUGAGGGUGCUUUGGUCCUGGAUUCCCGAGAGAUUUUCCUUGUAUCCUCCGGCCCUUUUGUUUUCUACCCUGGAGCACGGAUACAGCCUACAGAGGUUUUAUUCACAUUGUGAAGGAUCAGAGCCGACCAUCUUGCUGAUCAAGACUACGGCAAACGAGGUCUGCGGGGCUUUCCUCUCUACGGACUGGAGCGAAAGGAAGAAAAGUUGUGGGCAAGUGGCCACAUUUUUCGGCACGGGAGAGUGCUUUGUCUUCACUGUUCGUCCGGAAAUGGAGAGGUAUGAGUGGGUGGUGGUGAAGAAGCCAGAGAUGGGAAAGGCUGCCCCACCAUCACCUCGGUCCCGACCUCGUUCGUAUUCCCACGGAUCGCGCCUCUCGCCUUCCCCUAAGUGCCCAUCCUCGCCGACGAUGUCCUCUGCCCCUAGCAGUCCAUCCCAACUGUCAAACUUCCUGUCUGUCCCGGGAGAAGUGCAACCUGGACGGCUCUCCCCGUUCCUGUCGGUCCGACACUUCCAGCUACCGUCUAAAACGGCAUCCAUGUUUAUGUCUGGAAACAAUCAAGGCAUAAUAAUUGGUGGUGGAGGAGGUCAAGCGCUGAACAUCGAUGCCGACCUGAACAUCGGGAGAACUGAACACUGCGAAACAUUCGACAAUCCCCCACUUUGUGAGGAAAACUUCCACGUUCAGCACCUGGAGGUGUGGGGCUUCCAAAACUCCUGAGCUAAAAGAAGAGGGUCUUCCUGGAUGAGUCCGAUCACCGGCCCCUUUAUCACCGAAGCCAACAACACCGAGAGGAAACGUCUUCGUAGAAGACAGCAGGAGCGGACGAUGGGCACAUGUGCUCCGGUGCCUCGUCCGGCAUCAUGAUGUACUUUAAAUAUGUUGAGGGAACGCUGUACCCCAAGACCUAAAACAUAACAUUAUACUUGUGGCCCUUAACAAACACAGGCAGACCCCUACUAUCGAAAGGAUAUAAUGUUGCCGGGGGGGGUUAUUAAAGGGCUUUUUAACGACGCUGGUGAAUUACCCAGUAAUAGUCCGAGGAGACAGGUAUUACCGGAGCCGCCUCCAAGGCCCAAACGGCUGGUUUCUACUGGCUUAUUUUUAUUUUUCUAUGAAAAACACACAAAUUUCGAGGUCACAGACACGAAUAAUCAAUUUCAUUAAUGCUUUAACACGAAUCUAGUUUGAUAAUUGUUCAGAUUUAUUCAAAAUCGUUGUAAUUCUCUCUCUUUAUAUAUAUAUAUAUAUAUAUAUAUAUAUAUAUAUAUAUAUAUAUAUAUAUAUAAAAUGUAUAUAGAAUGAUAUACGCACAUGAGUAUGUAUACCCUCCCCAAUAAUUCUUUGUAAAAUGUACGCUUCAAUCUCUAGAUAUUCUGGUAUAAAAUGUAUGUUUUGAGUGAUGUAUGGCCUAGCCUGCCCCGUGUACAUAAUUAUAUUCAUUAUUCAUGUACAAUGUAAUAAUACACAUCAGCGUUGUUUAUAAAAAUAUUUUUGAU